UCUAGAUUACAGUCUAAGGCUUGAAUAAUACAUUCACAAAACUUUAAAAUGUAACUCACACAAAAAAAUUGGCAUUAAUUCUUGAUCAUUCUAAGUAGAAACAUUUCGCAAUAAUACUUCUGAAGGCUUGCUUACUAGGCAAAAAUAAUGUUCAACAGUCGUUUGUCUGUAUUUAGUGUUGUUGUUCAUAUGAUGCUAUCAGUUAUGGCACAAAUGACUGUAUGGUCAUUGAAUGCUCCUCCACAACUCAAUACAAGCUUCUACGCCGAGGCAGUGCUCGAGCUGUAUCGACAGUUAUGUCCUGUAGAACAGUUUCGAAAUCUCGUUGUGUUACGACUAAGUGAUGAAAGUCUGUUUGAAACAAUAUUACCCGCUUUCAUGAGUGAUGCGACGUACACGAAAACUAUGUCAGAUCAAGUGGCGCAAUAUUUUACAUAUGCUGAAUACUACAAAGGUUGUAACUUCAUCCCACUCAAUAAUUUGGAAGAUUUUGAGGUAAGAGCUUAUACGUGGUUUAGCUAAGAUACCGAUAUUCUUUACGCGUAGUAUCAUCACUUUUUCAGGGUGCGCAUCAGGUAGAAAGUAGCAUUCGGACGAUUUUCUUCUACCCGAAAUGGAUGUACGAAACAUUUCACGAAAAUCCGAAUUCAACGAUUGCUGAAGCUUUUCGGAAAGGUUACGAAAUGGUUUACGAUCUAGACAACACGAUGGAGAUUUUGCAUUGGAAUCGUUUCUCUCAUCAAACGAUCACAAUUGAUCCUCACAACAUUAUCGUUCCAGACGAGAGUCGUGACUUGCAUGGCUCUGAAAUUGAACUAUACUUAAUGGAACAUCAUAGCAAAGCAAUGACGUUUGAUGCUUACCUUUUGAAGCAAAUCUCCGUCAAAAUCAACGCAACCGCUAUCGUCACGGAUAACUUUUCAAACCGCAUUGCAAUUAUGCCGUUGUUGGGCAUGUAUAACAUAGAUAUUUUAUGGUUAAUACCGGGUGUGGGAACCGUGUUUUGGGCAGUGCUCGUGCCACGAGCCAAACCCAAGUCAAUCGUGUCAGUACUGAUUGAUCCUUUCGAUAUGUAUACAUGGAUCACAUAUUUCAUCUUAGUUCUUACAAUGGCCAUUAGCCUCGUCCUUUUUGGAGAAUUUCUUGGAAGGCGUCAUUUCGUGGAGAUAGUUCUAGAGUUGAUCAUGAUUUCUAUUGCGGGUCCUUCAAGAACGUAUGGAGGAUCGUUCGAGAAUCGGUUGAUUACUAUAUUCUGUCUAAUGGGCAUAGUGCUCAUAUCGUCUUAUCAAUCACUUGUGAUAUCGUUUAUGUCAUACGUGCGCUAUCAUCCAGAGAUCGACACACUGGCUGACAUAGAAGAGCGAUGCCUUUUCAAGGAUGACAAGGACGCACGGUUCUUAAACCUCAGGACGUAUCCUAAUGGCACUUUUCCGGGACUAGAUAAAGUAUGUUCAUUUGAGAUGGGAAGAGAUAACGAACAACGAACCGUAACGUUAGCUUCAAAACUAGCACUAGGUAGUCACGAAACCGACGUGAUAGAUUACAUAAGUUACAGAGUCGCACAUUAUCGCCACGCGAAUUUUAAAUUUUACGAUUACCAAAUGUGUUAUAUAAUUAGACCGCAUUUGCACAAAGUGUUUAAAUUUUAUAUUCAGGCAAUUCUCGAAUCAGGUAUCUAUGACCAUUAUUAUAGCAUGAAAUCACAACCCGCUUGGGUCUAUAAGCAAGUCACUUUUGUUGAUCGAGUUGUGAAAGUAGGAGAUCUUACAUUGCUUUGGUAUGCAUAUGCGUGUGGAACCUUACUGAGUGUUGUAUGUUUCGUCGUAGAAACAAUUAUUCAUAACGAGUUUAAAGGAUUAUCGAUUCGAAAAUAAAUCAAGGGCACAGCAACAGAACCUUCCCAAAUAUUAUUUGAAAUACUUUGCCCCACUAUGGUGCAGAAAUAAUUGUAAUUUUGAGAGCCCAGGAUAAUUGUUCAUACUGCUACUUAAUUGUAUAAGUAUUUCAAUUGAUAGUUAUCUUUCUUAAUCAAUAUUCAUUAUUGGGAGAAUUACUCAGAUUCCAUUG